AUGAAAAUCUGCACCGCUGGCUUCCCUUGCUGGGAGACACAGAAGGGGAGACUGGGCACUCCUCGGACCCGCAAGGCCCUUGUCGGCCACCAGGGCAUCCGCUGGGCUCUCCGGCCGGCCGGUCUCCCGCGCUCCUUCACCGCCGCCGCCUCCAACCGUUCCCAGCCGGGCCUGGGCUGCGCCCCUCCUCCCACCCGCCUCCGACUCGGCCCCCUUCCCCGGGGCCGGCCGGGCGCGGGUCCUGCGGAGGCGGCCAGACCGCCUGGGCUCGGGCCCCAGCGGCCGGGGCGCGCGAGGAGCCACCUGUUGACCCAGCCGCGGGCAGUCCCGCGGUCAAUGAUUAACCGGCCGCGCAGCGCGCACCAGGAAACCCGAGCGGUCCGCGAGAGCGGAGCCGGGCCCGACGGCGGCGGCGGGAGGCGUGCAGCCCGGCUGGUCGCGCCAUGGACGCAGGUAAGGGCGGCGGUCCCGGGGAAGGGGGGGACGACCCUCACCCCGGGACCCGAGGCUGGCUCCGCGGGGUCCCAACCUGGCCCUGCUCUGGGACGCCUCUCCCUGCCCCACGGGGCUGGGGGAACCGGCGGCUGCCGCGGGAAGUUCGGGGAUCUUGGCCGUGCCCCCCUGCGCAGGGGCCCGAGGGAAGCGAAACGGGAGCGCGAGCCAGAGAGCUGGACGGACUGGGUAGGGGGCGCGGGAAGGCCCCGCAACUUUGGCGUCCGCGGUGCAGCCAGCACUGGGGGCGGGGGGCCCGGCGAUCCGAGAAUCCCCCGGCCCGGCCCUAACCUCGGGAGUCCCAAGCUGGCGGGCCAGGGGCUGCUGGUGACGGCGGGGGGACCGGAGCCGCGGACGGACCUGCGGCCUGGAGGGGCUCAGCUGGUCAGGACACUCUCAGGGUGCAGGGGGGCACCUUCAGGACUUCUGGGGCCCGCGGGGGCGCCCACAGAGUUUAUUGAGCGGAUGCUGGAGGUCCCGCCCGGCCUGGAAGGCAGCCCUUCGGCCUACGGGGUGCAGUGUGGCCUGCCUUCCAUCCCGCUGGCCAUCUGUACUGGCUGUGUGGCCGCCAGGAAGGCACGAGCAGACGAGAAAGGGGGUGGCAGCCCCGCGGUCCCUGAGGACCCCGCGCGCCCUGGGCUCCCGCAGCUCCCGCGCCGCCCGCAGCUCCUGGAGGAGGACCAAGCGCCCAGGGAGGAAGCGGCCGCCGCGGACGGAGGGGACGCCGCUGCGCCAGAGGGACCCCCGGGCGACCCCCCCGCCGAGGCCUCCGCGGCGCCCUCUGCCCAGGCCGUGGCCGCGGGUGAGGCCCUGCAGAUGCCCAAGGCGGCGGCAGGUGGGGUGCCCAACAUCGGCUUCGUGGGCGAGCCCCCGCCCUACGCGCCGCCAGACCCCAAGGCAGAGCACCUGCUCUACCCGCCGCCCUUCCCGCCGCCGGUGCUCUUCCCGCCGGCGCCCGCCGCCCCGGCCCUGUACCCGCCGCCGGCGCCACUCUUCCCUGCGCCUGCUGCGCAGCCGCUCUUCGCAACCUUCCCGGUGGUGAGUCAGCCCGUGGGGCCCCCCCUUCCCUCAGCCACCCUUGGAGAGGUCGCAACAGAAAAGGGCUCCCUCCGUCUGGGGCGUGGGCGAGCCUGCGCGGCCUCGCAGGGGCCGGGGCCAUUUGAGCCGGUACAGUGGCCCCGUGGCGGGCGUGCCGGCCCCGGCCCCGGCGCCGGCGGAGCGCAGGCCCCUGCCCAAGGACUACAUGGUGGAGUCUGUGCUGGCAACCCUCUUCUGCUGCCUGCUCACCGGGCUCAUCGCCGUCGUCUACUCCCACGAGACCCGCGCGGCCCUGGCCCGGGGAGACCUGGCCCAGGCUCAGGAGGCCUCUCGCAAGGCCCGCUUGCUGGUGCUCUUCAGCCUGCUCUUCGGGGUCUUCGUGUCCACCAGCUGGGUCAUCUACGUGGUGGUCGCCCUCUACCUGCCCUGAGCGCUGCUGGCUCCCAGGCCACUCUGGGUCCUCAGCCAGGCUCCUUCUGUGGACGUGAAUUCUCGCCGGCGGCCUCCUGUCACCCAGAGGGGACCUGGGCGGGGGGCCAGGAGACAGUGGACUCUGCGGCCCAUGGCACCCCUGUGGCCGGGCCUCAGCGUCCUGGCCCGAGGGGGCCCCAGUGCCCUGGAGGCUCCAGCUGGGGGACGGGGGCCAGCGCCCCCACAGCCUGGCCUUCGCCUGACCUCGAGGGACCAGCGCCCUCCUCUCCGCGGAACCGCUGGCAAGGACGUUACCACCUCUGGCUGCCUGUGCCCACAGGGCCGAGCUGCCCGGCUCUCGCCCUCCCUGUGGGAGCUGAGAGGAGCAGCCUCCCCUCUCCUGGGUUGCCCCCACCCAACCCGGGAGGCAGCCUCUCUCUCUCCUGCUGACCCCUCGCCCUGAAACCAGGCCACGGUGUCUGGUCAGUGGACUUACAGCAACACGCCGGGCGGAGCGUCUCGUGGCUGCUUCGGGGAGUUGCUGGUUCUGGUCCUUUCAGGGGCUCUGGGGUUCCCCCCCUCCUGUCCCUCCUGGAUGCUGUUCUCUGCCCACGCUGCCAUGGUGUCUGACUCGUGCACGUGGGCUGGAGCAGGGCGGGAAUUUCUGUUGGGUCUUUCCUGGCCAGAGGUGACGGGAGAGUGGGGAUGUCCACCCGCAUGGAGAGGAGGAGGGGACCCCGGCAGAGUCAUGAAGGUGGACAGCUCCGGGGGGGCUCUCUGAGCGCCUACUGGGUGCUGGUCAUCACGCCGGGACCCGCCAGGACCGGGAACUGAAGCAGGAUCACGUCCCAUCUCAACUGUUGGGAAGCUUCGGGAGCCCGGGAGAUGCGGAUGCAGAAGCAAGAGAGGCAGGAUGCUGCGUGGAGCUUGAGAGGUGGCCUCGUGGUCCAGGCUGUGGGGCUGGCCCAGAUUAAGGCUCUCAAACCCUAAGAUGCAUGAUUGUCAUGAAAGAGGAGGAGGAAAUGGGUCUUAAGGGUCCAUAGAUGCUGGACGGCCACAGGGACUCCUGUCACUAAACUCUUUUAAGUAAAAUCAAAAUAGAAAGAAAUCAUAUAGACCAGUGUGCCGAUAGCCCAAAAGCCUACAGGAAACACCUGGGAGCCUUGUUAAGGUGCAGAUUCUCAUUCUAUAAGGAGGACCCGAGAUCCUGCAGUUCUCAUUUCUGCUUCUAGGUGCCACUGAAGCUGGUAAAUGGACCAAGUGCAUGUGGUUAAAACCGUUAAACCAGGACCAAGCCACAGACGCCCCCUAGAGUCUCCGUUCAGCACUGUUGUGAAGUUCUAGCUAAUGAAACAAACAGCAAAAAAUGAAAUUUGUAGUAUGAAAACUAGAAGAGAAAAAAUGAUGCUCUGGCUAGAGUAUGCAAAAGUCCAUGAAAAAUUAGAAUAAGAGGACUCAGAAAAGUGAUUAUAGUAGUCAGUAGCAAUAUUCAGUUAAAAGUGGAAAAAAUUUAAAAUUCCACUCAAUACUAUGAUAAAAAAAUAGUAAAACUUAGGCAUAAAUUUAACAGGAAGAAAGAGAACAAUUUUUUUUGAAGGAAAGUACAUGUGUUAUAAGGCGCCAUACAAGGAGUCUGGGACAGCUAGUGUUUAUAAAAAAAACCCAACACCUCUGAAAAAAGCAAAGAACAAAAUAUCUGCACAGAAAGAUGUAAUAUGUUAAAACAUCUAGCUUUCUUAAACAGAUUUAAUGAAAUUUCAACAAGAAAGCCAAGCUUUUAAAACUGACAAAGCUGUUUAAAAAAUUAAUAUGGAAGGAAAAUGUGCAAGAAUGACUAAUUUUUCAGUUUAAUGAGGGAAGACUAUCUUCACCAGAUUUUGAAACUUACAAUAAAGCUAUAGUAAAUGCAGGGUACAGCAUGGCUUUGCCACAGAGCUGGAAUGGUGAAACAGAGAAGCCCAGAAAACAUUUCAAGUGUAUGUGGGACAUUAAUUUCUGGCCCAGAUAGCGUUUUAGUUGAGUGAGUCAGGGCAGACAGUAAGGAGAGUUGGCUAACUGGUUGGAAAAAAACUGAUUGUCCUCCUGUUAUAUAAAUAAAUUCCAGACGGGUUACAGAGCUAAGUAGUAUGAAAUAAAGGUGUACUAAUCUUAUAUGAGGCUUAGGGGAGUACUUUUAUAACUUCAGGGUGUUAGGCAGUGUGGAAGGGGUGGCCUCCUAGAAUCUGGACUACUGUCUCGGAAAAGACUGGUAGCUUUGAGUUCUGUGUGUUAGGGAAGAACUUACUUAAACCAUCGGAUGAUUUUUACUUAUCAGAUUGGAAAACGUUAGAAAGGUUGAUUCCGGGGCUGUGAAACCUUGACCCACUCAUUUGUUGCUAGGGAGGUGUGCAUUGCUACCCUCUUUGUAGAAAAUAGACUGGUAUCUAUUAGUAGUAUGUGUACUAGGUAUUAAUGUGCACGUAUGUGCAAAGACCAGAGUCUGGAAGGAUGUGUUCCAAACUGCUGAGAGCGACUGCCUCUGGGGAGGGACUGCACUGGGAGGGUUUGUGCAACACAUGGCUGGAUUUUAAAAUGUGGGUGUAUUCACGUGUUGUGUGAUUAAAAAGCAACUGGAAAAACUG